GAAGAGGGCGCCACAAUCGGCGGCCAUAUUGUUGAUGUAUCACGUGACCAGGGAGCAGUGAGGUGAAUGCGCCGGGUCACAUUCGCCAGGCAUUUAACAGGAAAAUUCACGUGUGUUAUUGGAGAUAAAUUAUUUUGUAGUAACCGCAGCUUGAAACCCCUUCGGCAUAAUGGAUCCGAGAAAAUUGACAGACUUGCUACGCGCCACGAUAGACCCGGCCCAGCAGAAACAGGCCGAAGAACAACUCGCCCAGAUACAUAAAAUCAUCGGCUUCGCUCCGAGUCUUCUUCAAGUCGUCAUGUCUGCCGAGGUCGACAUGCCCGUCAGACAGGCUGGUGUUAUAUAUUUGAAAAAUUUGAUUACAACAAAUUGGGCUGAACGUGAGGUUGAAGUUGGAGCUCCUGUGCCAUUUAGUAUACAUGAACAAGAUCGUGCUAUGAUACGAGAUGCUGUAGUAGACGCUGUGGUACACGCGCCAGAGUUGAUAAGAGUUCAGUUAGCUGUCUGCAUAAGCAAUAUAGUUAAACAUGACUUUCCCGGACGGUGGACACAAAUCGUCGACAAGAUUACGAUAUAUCUUCAAAAUCCAGAUGCCUCGUGUUGGCCCGGAGUACUUCUCGCACUUUAUCAGCUCGUCAAGAAUUUCGAAUAUAAAAAGGCAGAAGAAAGGGGCCCCCUCAACGAAGCGAUGAAUCUGUUAUUUCCCAUGAUUUACCAACUGAUAUUACGACUGUUACCCGAUCCCUCGGAACAAUCGGUUCUUUUGCAGAAACAAAUACUCAAAAUAUAUUUUGCACUUACACAGUAUUCACUUCCGCUGGAUCUGAUUUCGAAAGAAGUAUUCUCUCAGUGGAUGGACGUUGUACGUCAGGUUGCCGAUAGACCUGUUCCCCUAGAAGACAAGCAUCUAGAAUUAUUUGAUGACGAACGUGCCGAGUUGCCGUGGUGGAAAUGUAAAAAAUGGGCGCUGCACAUACUUCACAGGAUGUUCGAAAGAUAUGGCAGUCCAGGAAAUGUAGUCGUAGAAUAUAAAGAAUUCUCCGAAUGGUAUUUGCAGACCUUCAGUGCAGGUAUUCUGGAGGUUCUACUGAAAAUCUUGGAUCAGUAUCGAAGAAAGAUUUGGGUUUGUCCCAGAGUCUUGCAACAGUCGAUAAACUACAUAAAUCAGGGAGUGAGUCAUGCGUAUUCGUGGAAAUUCUUGAAGCCGCACAUGUUUGAGAUUAUUCGUGACGUGCUGUUUCCAAUUCUGUCACAUUCUGCGGCCGACGAAGACCUCUGGAAGACCGAUCCUCACGAAUAUAUUCGAGUUAAAUUCGACAUUUUUGAGGAUUUUGUUUCGCCUGUAACUGCCGCUCAAACGUUGUUACACUCUGCGUGUAAAAAGCGGAAAAACAUGUUACCGAAAACAAUGCAAUUUAUUAUGGAAGUUUUGACCAGUCCCAUCGCUGAUCCUAGACAAAAAGAUGGAGCCCUUCAUAUGGCUGGAACUUUGGCGGACGUGUUGUUGAAGAAGAAAAUAUUCAAAGAAGAAAUGGACAAAUUACUUAUGCAGUAUGUGUUCCCAGAAUUCGCGAGUCCGCACGGUCAUAUGAGAGCGAGGGCCUGUUGGUUCCUCCAUCACUUCUCUGAGAUCAAGUUCAAGCAAGAAGCAGUUCUGAUGGAAGCUAUUAGAUUGACGACAAACGCGCUUCUGCACGAUCAGGACUUGCCGGUUAAAGUUGAGGCUGCAAUCGCCUUGCAGAUGCUACUUUCGGCACAGGAUAAAGCGCAGAAGUACAUCGAACCGCUGAUCAAGCAAAUUACUUUGGAACUUUUAACAAUUAUCAGGGAAACUGAGAACGACGACUUGACCAGCGUGAUGCAAAAGAUAGUUUACACGUACACGGAACAGCUGAUGCCCAUCGCCGUUGAAAUCUGUCAGCAUUUGGCCACCACGUUCAGUCGAGUGCUGGAGACUGAUGAGGGUAGCGACGAAAAGGCUAUAACAGCAAUGGGUCUUCUAAAUACGAUUGAAACACUGCUCACUGUUAUGGAGGAUCAACCGAAUAUAAUGGCUCAGUUACAACCGACUGUAUUACAAGUAGUGGCUCAUAUUUUUGGACAGAGCGUUAUGGAGUUUUACGAAGAAGCCUUGUCGUUGGUUUAUGAUUUGACUGGUAAAACUAUUUCGGAGGAUAUGUGGAAAGUUCUCGAACUUAUUUAUCAGCUGUUCCAAAAGGACGGUUUUGAUUACUUCACAGACAUGAUGCCGACGCUUCAUAAUUACAUCACCGUAGACACACCGGCCUUUCUUUCAAACGAAAAUCACAUAUUAGCCAUGUUCAACAUGUGUAAAGCUGUUUUAACUGGCGACGCUGGCGAGGAUCCCGAAUGCCACGCUGCUAAACUCUUAGAAGUUAUUAUUUUGCAAUGCAAAGGUCACAUCGAUCAGUGUAUACCAUCACUGGUACAAUUGGUCUUGGAACGUUUGACUAGAGAAGUGAAGACGUCAGAGCUGCGCACAAUGUGUCUUCAGGUAGUUAUUGCCGCGCUUUAUUACAACCCGGCUUUGUGCAUCGAAGUUAUGGACAGACUUCAGAGCAGUGUUGGACAAUCUACAGAACCGAUAGCGUCACAUUUCAUCAAGCAAUGGAUACACGAUACCGAUUGUUUUCUCGGUCUGCACGAUCGAAAACUUUGCGUUUUGGGAAUGUGUACUUUGAUUAGUAUGGGACCCGCAAGACCGGCUGCAGUCAACGAAUGCGCUCAACAAAUUAUUCCAUCGUUAAUUCUUUUGUUCGACGGACUUAAGCGAGCCUAUGCUGCUAAGGCUGCUGAAUGCGAUGACGAAGAUAAUGACGAGGAAGAAAGUGAUUUAGAAGAAGAAGUAUUGUCCUCGGACGAAGAUGAUAUUGACGACAGUGGUCAACAGUAUCUUGAGAACUUGCAAGAGAAAGUAAGUAAGGCGUCGGGUCAGCAUGGAUUCAAUAUCACUGCCACGAUACAAGAUGGUCACGGAGAUCAUAGAUCCGACGAUGACGACGACGACGAUUCUGACUACGAAGCAAAUGAGGAAACUGCUCUGGAGAGCUAUACGACUCCAUUAGAUUCUGACGACACCAAUCAAGAUGAAUAUGUUUUCUUCAAGGAAAUCAUGCAAAACAUCGAGGCUUCGGAUCAACCUUGGUACAGAACACUUACCAGUCACUUGACAUCCGAACAACACAAAGCAUUGCAAGAAAUAAUUCUUCUUGCCGAUCAACGUAAAGCAGCCCUGGAAAGUAAAAGAAUUGAACAAAGUGGUGGAUACGCCUUCCACCAGCAGACUGUACCAACUUCGUUUAAUUUUGGUGGAACCCCUUUGAGCCGAUAAGAUAUUCUAACGAUUUUAUUCUAGAACGAUAAGUAAAUUUCAAAACAGAAA